CUCCUCCAGCUUUAAUUAAUUCAAGGGUAUAUUAUGGGUGCUUGCUUGUCUUCCUCCUCCACUAUCGUCGAUCAAAAGCAGCUGACCAGCUACGUCAUCUCAAUUAGUGGAGAGCUCCGUCAAUAUAGCGUUCCCAUCAACGUCUCUCAAGUUCUUCAAUCUGACAUCUCUUCUGAUCAUGCUUCCAGCUUCCUAUGCAGUUCCGACCGUCUUUACUUCGACGAUUUCAUACCUUCACUCGAUUCCCAAUAUCAGCUUCUUCCCGGUCAGAUCUACUUCAUGCUUCCUGCCUCCAAGCUUAAGUAUCGACUCAGUGCUUCUGACAUGGCAGCUCUUGCCGUAAAGGCUAGCGCUGCUCUUGAGGACCUCAACAAAAACAAAAACAAAAACAAAAGCCGCAAGUCUAGGAAGAUCAUGAGUAAAAAGCGGAUUUCACCCAUGCUUCUUCAAGUAGAAGAAGAUGAUUAUACUCAAACCAAUAAUAAGUCCACUGUCGGACUUGGGAUUUCCAUGAGAUCCGCAUCUGUCAGAAAAUUGCAGCGAUUAUCUUCACGCCGGGCAAAGAUGGCUGUGCGAUCCUUCCGUAAACUUAUCACCAUUCAAGAAGGAUUCGUUCUUUUUUAAUUAAUGAGCAACUUCAUUUUAUAUAUUCUUUUUUUUUUUUUGCCAGAUAUGAGUAACAUGCUAUUCUCUCGCUCUACACGUAUAUAGUAAAUACAAAACAAAAAAAUAUAUAUAUGUGGGAGUUGCAGAGCAUAAGAUCAAAUUUCGUUUGUAUGUAAAUUGUACUUAAUUAGCUUGUACAACAAC